AUGGGCAAAAAUUCCCCUGAAGAAAUUGACACCCCAGUUUCUUCACCGGGUUCUGCAAAAGAAGCAAAAUAUGAUGUUAAAACUGAAGAAAGAACACACUGUAAAAGAAUAAACAAACCCCAGAAGCUACAGGAGUCAUCAGUGAGAAGUGAGGUAGAGGAAUUGGCCUCAUACGAAGAUGGACAUUUAAUUGCUUCAAACUUGUAUACAUCCAGAGAACAAACAGAAGCAAAAUCGGUUCCUAUCAAAGAAAAAUCAACUUCAUUAGAUGAAUGGGACAUGGCAGGUACUAACGUUUACACCUGUACAGAACAUAGAGAAUAUCCAAGUACUCAGGUUCAAGGGGAAUCAGCCCCAUGUGAAGAAAAUCCUCUUACAUCUGCAAUUUAUACAACAACAGAUCAGAAGCCACCAGAAUGUACCUUCACUCAUUCUAAAGAGAAAUUAACCUUUUUUGAUGGUGUAAACGUUACAGAUCCUCACAAUUACCCAACUACAGAACAUACACAGGCAAAAUAUACAUCGACUCACAUUCUGAAUGAGUCCUCCUCUGGUGAAGAGGGAAAUCUUACAAACAAUGAAAUAUACCCAGAAGCACAGCAAUCAAAGAGUGAAUAUCCUGGUAUUCACAUUAAUAAUAAAUCUGUGUCAUACCAGAAUCUCAAAGACGUUUAUACAACCAAAAACGAUAAAACACAAACAGACCAUACAUUUAGUUCUAUUAAAGAGGAUAUUUGUACACCUAUAGAACAUAAAGAGGCUGAAUGUAGAACUAUUUCAAUUAAAGAAGACUCAGCAUGUAAAGAAGGAACCAAUACAAUCACUAAUAUUUAUACACCUACAGAACAAAUAAUCACACAGUAUACAUCUGCUCUUAUUAAGGAGGAAUCUGAUUCAUGGGAAGGAGGCAGGUUUGUAGACAAUGGUUUUUAUGGACUCACCGAGCAUAAACAAUUAGAAUGUACAUCAAGUCCUAUUAAGGAGGAACUGGUCUCAUGGGAAGAAGGACAUCUCACAGAAGAUGACAUUUACACACUCACAGAAUGCAUGGCAAGGAACAGCAGUGCACAUACCUCUAACCAUAGCUUUCCAGCAAUAAAGUGUGAGGAUAUUUUUGAUGAUCAACAUGUUUUGCGAUCUCACCAAGGACCAUACGCUGCAGAAAAGAUAUACAACUGCUCUCAGUGUCCGAAAUGGUUUACCAGUUAUUCAGAUCUGGCCAAACAUCAGUCGGCAGUUCAUAAAGGAAAGAGUCUGUCCUGCUUACAAUGUGGCAAACAAUUUCUGUGUAAAUCAAAUCUUGACAGACAUUUCAUGAUUCAUACAGGAAACAAACCAUUCACAUGUUCAGAGUGCGGGAAAUGUUUUACUGACAAGUGGAAGCUUCUUAGACAUCAGUGGGUCCAUACGGGAAAUAAACCCUAUUCAUGUUCAGAUUAUGGGAAAUGUUUUACUGACAAGUGGAAGCUUCUUAGACAUCAGUGGGUCCAUACGGGAAAUAAACCCUAUUCAUGUUCAGAUUGUGGGAAAUGUUUUACAGAUAAGUCAAGUCUUGCAGCUCACCACAGGAUUCACACAGGAUAG